AUGGCCUUCCGCCAAUCUGCAGUUGGCGAUCUAUGCAAGUUGCAUAUACAUGACUUGCGCAUUCGUCGCAACGCUUUUGACGGACACGUUGACGUGCCUGCCAGUUUCGGACAACUGUAUUCAUCCUCCCAUUCUUCCUCCUUAGAUAUCUGA